AUUUAUUAUUCAGGUUCCUGUUGGGGGGUUCGGUGGUUAAAUGGAGCCUUGUGCUGCUGCUAUGAAACCGAAAUUAAGUUGAAAAAGCGCGAAUAGACGCCAUUUCACUCGAUGGGUUUAUUUCUUUAGGCACGUUGCAAACGCAACAUACAAUUUCUAGUUGUUUAUAAAGAAACUGCUUCGAGUUUCGCGCUGCUUUUAACAGGCGGAUGAAGUGAGCGGCCUGCGGCGUCCGACCAGCAGGAAAAUCCGCGGAUUAGAUUUUGGCCUUCGGUCGGUUACAAGACCGGAACAUAUUUUAAAGGAGAAAAAAUAACCAAAUUCUAAUGCCAACUUGUGUCUGGAGGAACGAAAAGGAGUGAACACAGCAGGAGGAAUCUGGUGGAACUGGUGUGCCUGUGAUCUUUCAUCAUCCAUCUUGUUUUUCACGUUGGGAGGAUGUCCCCCCACACAGUGUCCUGAUCACGUUUCGGAGUCAGUGAGUGCUCCUGGAGGUUGAGGUGCAACACAUCUCCCCAUUUCUCACCUUAGCUGGUCUAACUGAACCGCCAAAAUAAGUUCCUCGUUGCCCCCCCACUUGUCGCAUCGCGGCCAGUCCAGCAACCCCUUCCCCCUGGAUUCACAUGCCAAGCGGUCCCACUACGGCACCAAGCUGAAUCCAUACACGCGGGCACGGAUGACAGAGGCAUGGCAGCAGCAUGCUGUUGCCCCGCCUCCCGUCGUCCACACCAUCCCACCGGGGGCAGAGAACGCUCUCGGAUGCGCCGUGUACGGCAUCGUGCUGCAGCCGGACACCCUGCAGUCGCAGCAGCAGCAACAGCAGCAGCAACAUCACAGCCAGCAGCACAGCCAGCAGCAGCAGCAUCCGGCUCAGGCGCAGCAGCCUACACUGCAGGUGGGGAGCGAAGGAGGCCACAAAUGUGGCGCGUGCGGCCACGACAUCUCGCAUCUGGCCAAUCCGCACGAGCAUCAGUGCAUGGUAAGCCAGGACCGCUCGUUCCAGUGCACGCAGUGUCUGAAGAUUUUCCACCAGGCCACAGACCUCUUGGAGCACCAGUGUGUGCAGGUGGAGCAGAAGCCGUUUGUGUGUGGCGUGUGCAAGAUGGGCUUCUCGCUGCUCACGUCGCUGGCACAGCACCACAAUGCACACAACAGUGGAAACCCCAUGAAGUGCUCGAUCUGCGAGAAGACCUACCGGCCUGGGUCUUCAGGAAACGCCACGCCGACGUCUUCCGGCAGCAACAAUCCAGCUCAGCCAUCCGGCGACGGUGCAUCAGCAAGCAGCAGCGCAGCAGUCGGUGCUUCUGGACAACCCGCCUUCGAGUCCUCGGCUCCUUACCGGCCAUACAAGUGCUCUGUGUGCUCGAAGGGUUUCCGCCAUCUGUCAGAACUGACGCGGCACGAGCGCGUGCACACGGGUGAGAAGCCGUUCAAGUGUGAGACAUGUGACAAGAGCUUCAGCCAGCACUCCCACCUACAGCACCACCAGCACACGCACAGUUCGGUGCGAGCGUUUAAGUGUGCCGUGUGCGAUAAGAGCUUUAAGCACCGCUCACACCUGGUGCGGCACAUGUACGCGCACUCGGGCGAGCACCUGUUCAAGUGCAACGUGUGCGAGCUGCACUUUAAGGAGUCGUCUGAGCUGCUGCACCACCAGUGUCAGCCACAGGGCACGCGGCCGUUCCGCUGCGCCACGUGCGGCAAGGGCUUCAAGCGGCCGUCCGACCUGCGCCAGCACGAGCGCACACACUCCGAGGAGCGUCCGUAUCACUGCGACGACUGCCAGAUGAGCUUCAAGCAGCAGUACGCACUCGUACGUCAUCGCCGCACUCACACUGCCUCCGGAGACCGACCGUUCAAGUGCAACCUGUGCGACAAGGGCUUCCUGCAGCCCUCACACCUGCUUUACCACCAGCACGUGCACGGCAUGGACAACUUGUUCAAGUGCGCCUCGUGCGGCAAAGGAUUCAGCCAGUCGGGCGAGCUGCUGCGGCACAAGUGCGGCGAGAGCUCGAGCCCUCCCAGCAACCCGGACAAGCCGUACAAGUGCGACGUCUGCGGCAAGGCCUACAAGAAAGCAACGACGUUGCAGCGCCACCAAACCACACAUUGCAACGAGAAGCCUCUGAAGUGCUCACUGUGUGACCGGCGCUUCCUGUCUUCGUCCGAGUUUGUUCAGCACCGCUGCGACCCAUCGCGAGAGAAGCCGCUCAAGUGCCCCGACUGCGAGAAGCGCUUCAAAUACUCGUCGGAGAUGAACCGCCACCGCCGUGUCCACACCGGCGAGAAGCCGUACAAAUGUGCGAGCUGCGAUAAGGGCUUCAAGCAGCGAGAGCACCUUGCCAAACACCAAAGCGUUCACUCUAGGGAUGCACAGUUCAAGUGCGUGUGGUGCGGCGAGCGCUUCGCAGAUCUCGGAUUGCUCCAGGAGCACACGGUCCAACACACUGCUGAAGGAGGCGGAUACCCGGUGUCUUCUCUUAUUCAGUAACCCUCGCAUUGUUUUUCUCCUGUUCUUUUUUUAGAUAGCUCCAAAUACUAAUCAAGUAAUAUAAUCGUUUUGUUACCUGCAUAUACAUAAAGUACUUUGUUAUUCCGUUGGACACCGUUUCAUUUUGGACAAGCAAUAGGUGCUGAAAACUAGAAGCAUCGUUCUCUUUCCAGCCUUGAUUUAAA